AUGGUCAUCUGGUCCUGGGCCAGGAGAGAGGUGCCUGUCCAGCCACGCCUCUUUUUAUCCUGUGCAGAUGUCAAGGUCGUAGGUCUGGGCACCCAAGACAAGGUGGCUGUCAUCCAAAGUUGUCCAGGCUUUCCUGGUCCACCUGGGCCCAAAGGGGAGCCUGGAAGCCCCGCUGGGAGAGGAGAGCGGGGCUUUCAGGGCAGCCCAGGGAAGAUGGGGCCUGCCGGCAGCAAAGGAGAGCCAGGAAACACUGGGCCCCCAGGAGCCAAAGGGCAGAAAGGUGACGUGGGAGCUGUGUCGUCACUGGGUGAGAAGGAGCUGGGAGACGCCCUGUGCCAGAGAGGACCCCGGAGCUGCAAAGACAUGCUGACACAAGGGGUCUUCCUGACUGGCUGGUACACCAUCUAUCUCCCUGACUGCCGGCCACUGACUGUGCUUUGUGACAUGGAUACGGACGGUGGGGGCUGGACGGUUUUCCAACGACGAGUGGAUGGGUCCAUCGAUUUCUUCCGAGAUUGGGACACUUACAAGAGAGGCUUUGGCAACCUGGGCACAGAGUUCUGGCUGGGCAAUGACUAUCUGCACCUGCUCACAGCCAAUGGGAACCAAGAGCUCCGGGUUGACUUUCGAGAUUUCCAAGGUGAAACCUCCUAUGCCAAGUACAGCUCAUUCCAGGUGUCUGGAGAACAGGAGAAAUACAAGCUGACCCUGGGGCAGUUUCUUGGGGGCACUGCAGGAGACUCCCUGACAAAGCACAGCGGCAUGUGGUUCACGACCCAUGACCAAGACAACGACCCAAACCUGAAUAAUUGUGCGGCUUUGUUCCACGGGGCCUGGUGGUACCAUGACUGUCACCAGUCCAACCUCAAUGGGCGCUACUUGCCUGGCUCCCACGAGAGUUAUGCAGAUGGCGUCAACUGGCUAUCUGGCCGAGGCCACCACUACUCUUACAAGGUUGCUGAGAUGAAAAUCCGGGCAUCCUAAGGUGCCCCUACAUCCAGCACUGCAGCCA